GACAUCAUCACCAGACCAGAUCGGCAUACCGGAAUAUAUCAGCAAUAUCAGUGAGCGAGAAGCGUGAGCUAGCAAGUCGGGCAAAGUAAUCAGCUGAGUGCGAAGUCUUGCAUCAUCUGUGCAGUAUUGUUUCGCGUGUGGCUGCUGAAGCGUUCAAGUCUGUGAAGAAGCUCUGCACCCUUCACUUGGGAUAUGGACAGUUUGCUCUUGGAAACUGCUGUUCAGCACCCACUCGGGCAGCACUUUAAUAAUGGUGUGAGCAGCAUGCACAGCGAGAAAGAGUUGUCGCAGAGGGACAUCAUGAGGGAAGUGUGUCUUCGGGUGCAGGCUGAUACCGUGCUGGGCGAAACUGUCCUCGUGUGCGGAAGCACCGCCGAACUUGGAGAGUGGCAAGUGGCUCGUGCUCGACCCAUGCAUCUGGAACACCCCACGACGAAAAUCUGGACAUUGAACGUGAUGGCACCACUUCUAAGUACAGUGGAGUUCCGUUACCUGAUAGGAGUCAUCCUCGACUGCGGCAGAGUAAUAGUGCGUCGGUGGGAGAGUGUCAUCCACCCACGGACGAUAUGUCCAAACGUGGACAAGAAUGCAUCUAUCGACAUUUUUGCAAACUAUGAUGGUGAAGAGAAGGUCGAAUCUGGCUGGCUCACCUCUGAAACUGCGGUUCAGUUUAAGUUUUUCGGAAAGGCCGUUGUCCUGUGGAAGAAGAAAUACCGAAGUGUUCCCCUCUCCUUUCGCAUCACGCCGAUCGAUAUAGCCCACAGGUGUUCCGAGGCACUGGUGGUCUCCGAAGACAGUGAGCAGCAAAGCAACAUUUCAGACUUCGAAUGUGUAAAGUGGCCCAUCAUUGAAAUAGCGGUAAUGAAGGAAGAAGGGUAUGAAUUCAGGCAACAGGAACAGUUUGGCCAUCUCUACAGUGAAGAUGAAUUUGUUGUCUGUCAGAGCCAGGUCAUGAGAGCUGAAUCUAUUGCAUAUAUGGUGGACUACUACAUCCACAAGGUGGACGAAACCAUACCCGAGCACAUCGGGUUCAGUUACAUCUUGCCAGGAAACCUUACUGAAGCUGCAGGCACAUUCACGGUGCCCAUAACGGGAAACAGGCAUCAACCGGUUGGCCAGUUGAAAGUGUCGUACCUGGUCGUGAAGCCCCUAAAUGGGUACAGCUGUUCCUGCCGGCAAACAUUCACUCGCUUCUGGAAGAAGACCAAUCGCACACUUGACGUUGGACAUCGUGGAGCUGGCAAUGCCAGAAGGACGGAUAAGGUCGAAAAUGUGCUAGAGAAUACGAUUGCCUCUUUCAAUUAUGCUGCACGACACGGUGCCGACAUGGUGGAGCUUGACGUGCAACUUUCAAGGGACAAAGUUCCUGUCAUUUACCAUGACUACUACAUAUGCAUUCAUAUGAAGAAGCGAAAAUCUCCACUUCAUGAGGACGAAAAACUGAAGCUGGCUGUGAGAGACCUCUCCGUUGCCCAGCUUCAGCAUCUGAAACUUGCACCAUCAGAGGCCCACAGCUACGACUUCCACGAAGACGACCAAGAUGAAAACCAACCAUUCCCCACGCUCCAGCACGUACUGGAAGCUGUUGAUCCAUCUGUUGGUUUCAAUGUUGAAAUCAAGUGCCCCAUGCAGCUUCACGAUGGCACAUGGGAAAUGGAUGGCAACUUCGACCUCAACGAAUAUAUGGACAUAGUGCUCAAGACACUGCUAGACUACAGUGGUAACCGGUACAUCAUACUCUCGUGUUUCCACCCCGACAUCUGUACCAUGAUCCGGCUAAAGCAGAACAAGUACCCGCUCCUGUUCCUUACUCAGGGACAGACUGAGAAAUACCCGCCGUACUUGGACCCCAGAACGUCGACCGUGCACAUUGCCACAUAUUUUGCAUUGUGCACCGAUAUCCUAGGGGUGAACGUGCACACUGAAGAUCUGCUCAAAAAUCCAGCUUUGAUCCCAUUCAUUAAGAAGCACAAGCUCAUCCUUUUCUGCUGGGGCGAAGACAACAACCACAGCGACACGAUUUCGAGCCUGAAAAUGAAAGGGGUCGACGGUGUUAUUUAUGACAAGGUGGACCUGUUCAUCAGUGGCAGCAGGGAGCGUGAGAAUGUGUACCUGGUGCAGCCAAAUGAUACUCCAGGUCUCGCAGAGGCAGCAGCCAGUCACUCGAGGGACUCUUUGCAGGAAAGUUCAAUGCCUACAGUUCCAGCCUGACUGACAUUCACGCAUCACAUGUACAGUUGUUUCUCUGAGCUUACGGAUAAAGUGCUCCUCUAUUUAUGUUCAUGUACUAUAGCUUACGCUUGUAUACAGCCCUUACAGUGCACCAGCCCAUGCUACCUGUUUGCUAACUUAAAACUACAUGGUUCUUAUGAACGGUAAUAAAAUUUCUAUCUUUGUCA